AUGGGUGUUCAGACCGAAAACUGUCCCUCGUCAAAACAAGCUGCGGGGCGGCCCUCGUGGCCGGGAUGCCACUGUGUGCCGUGCCAGUCCACGGUGGACGGUGAGGGGCAGGAGGAGGGGACUGAGUGCAGGAGACUGAGAGGAGGCGGCUCGCACCAAACAGGAGACAUGAACCUCUGCUGGAACGAGAUCAAACGCAAGUCCCACAACAUCCGGGUGCGACUAGAGGCGUUCUCAGACAACAGCGGGAAGCUGCAGCUCUCUCUGCAGGAGAUCAUAGAAUGGCUGACAGCCAAGGACGAGGAGCUGUCGGAGCAGCUGCCCAUAGGAGGCGACGUGGGGGCCGUCCAGCACCAGAGGGAGUUCCAUCAGGCGUUCAUGGAGGAUGUCAAGUCUCGCGGGCCGUUCAUCUACUCAGUCUUGGAGUCUGCCCAGGCCUUUCUGGCUCAGCACCCCUUCCAGGAGCCAGAGGAGACCCUGACCGAUGGAAAAGAGGUCUCUCCACGUCGGCGGAUCUUAAAUGUGAGCCGCUCAGUGUGGAAGCAGGCAAACGUGGCCAGCGACCUGUGGGAGAAGCUGACGGCACGCUGUGUGGACCGCCAUAGACACAUGGAGAGGACUUUAGAGCGUCUACUCCAGAUCCAGGCAGCGAUGGAGGAGCUGGCAGUGGCCAUGGAGCAGGCAGAGGGGGUGAGAGACGCCUGGGAGCCUGUUGGAGAUCUCUUCAUCGACUCAUUGCAGGACCACAUAGACGCCACCAAGUUAUUUAAGGAGGAGCUGACCCAGGUGAAGGAGGGCAUGAAGCACAUCAAUGAUCUGGCCCACCAGCUGGCGAUCUCCGAUGUCCAUUUGUCGAUGGAGAACGCCCGCGCCCUGGAGCAUCUCAACAGCAGAUGGAAAGUGCUUCAGGGUUCGAUAGAGGAGCGGCUGAAGCAGCUCCAGGAUGCACAUAGAGACUUUGGCCCCGGCUCGCAGCACUUCCUUUCCAGUUCGGUGCAGAUACCGUGGGAGCGUGCCAUCUCCCCGAACAAAGUGCCCUACUACAUCAACCAUCAGGCCCAGACGACGUGCUGGGACCAUCCAAAGAUGACAGAACUGUACCAAGCACUGGCGGAUCUGAACAACAUCAAGUUCUCAGCAUACAGAACAGCUAUGAAGCUGCGGCGAGUUCAGAAGGCUCUGAGAUUGGAUUUAGUGGCGCUGGGCAGCCUCGUGGAGGUGUUUCGGGAGCAGGAGCUGCAGCAGGGGGAGCACGUGAUGGAUGUGGUGGAGAUGAUCCAUGGCCUGACGGCUCUGUAUGAGAGGCUGGAGGAGGAGAGGUCCAUCCUGGUCAAUAUUCCUCUCUGCGUCGACAUGUGUCUCAACUGGCUGCUCAAUGUCUAUGACAGUGCUCGAAACGGCAAAAUGCGAGUUCUCAGCUUCAAGAUGGGAUUGGUGAGCCUGUGCAAUGCAGACGUCCAAGAGAAAUACAAAUACUUAUUCCGUCAGGUGUCCGGUCCUGGAGGUUUGACAGACCAGCGUCACCUCAGCCUGCUGCUCCAUGAAGCCAUCCAGAUCCCCCGCCAGUUGGGUGAAGUCGCUGCUUUCGGGGGCAGCAAUGUGGAGCCCAGCGUUCGCAGCUGCUUUCGUGUGGCUCCAGGGAAACCUGCCAUCGAGGUGUCUCACUUCCUGGAGUGGAUGAGCCUGGAGCCCCAGUCCAUGGUUUGGCUGCCUGUCCUCCACCGUGUGACUGCUGCGGAGUCGACCAAGCAUCAGGCCAAAUGCUGCGUCUGCAAACAGUGUCCCAUCAAGGGCUUCAGGUAUCGCAGUCUGAAGCAGUUCAAUGUGGACAUCUGCCAGACAUGUUUUCUAACUGGCCGCACUACCAAGGGAAAGAAGCUGCACUACCCCAUCAUGGAGUACUACACCCCAACGACGUCGGGAGAGAAGAUGAGGGACUUCGCCAAGACUCUGAAGAAUAAGUUCAGGUCAAAGCAGUACUUCACCAAACACCCUCAGAGAGGUUACCUGCCGGUGCAAUCUGUGUUGGAAGCCGAGAGCUCGGAGACGCCGUGCUCGUCGCCCAAGCUGCCCCAUGCAGACACACACAGCAGGAUUGAACACUAUGCCAGCAGAUUGGCAGAAAUGGAGAGCCAGAAUUGCUCAUUCUUCACGGAUAGCCUGUCUCCUGAUGAAAGUCUGGAUGAAGAUCAGUACCUCCUGCGUCACUCCAGCCCAGCCCUGGACCAUGACUCACCCUGCGGACAGCACAUGCUGCUGGCCCACCUGGAGCACCAGGACAAGGAGCAGCUCCAAUGCACCCUGGCCCGCCUGGAGAACGAGAACAGGGUGCUGCAGGGCGAGUACAGGAGGCUCAAGUGGAAGCACGAGGAGGCGGCGUCGGUUCCCAUGCUGACUGAGGCCGGAGAGGGCGGUCCGGGUUCGCCCACAGCGGAAGGGCAGCAGGAUGAGGAGCUCCUGGCCGAGGCGCGGGUCCUCCGGCAACACAAGACGCGCCUGGAGACCCGCAUGCAGAUCCUGGAGGACCACAACAAACAGCUGGAGUCACAGCUGCGCAGGCUCAGGGAGCUACUGCUACAGCCCAAAGAUGACUCGGAGGCCAACGGAUCAGAACCGUCAACCCUGUCUUCUCCCGUGUCUGGAGGGGGUCACCACGGGGAGCCGGCCAGCAGAGAGACCACUGACACUGAAGCAGCAGGGGAUGAUAUGGAGCACGAACAGGAUACAGUGCUGCAGCUCCAGGAGGUCAUCGAGCAGCUGAGAAACGUCUUCCCCUCAGAACCGGGCACCACCUCACACAUCUAACCCCGAGUGGGCCUGGAGGAGCAGAGUGAAAACCUGAAAGAAUGCCUGAUGGCAGAGGGAGGAGCUCCAGAUGGCUGAGGUCAGGCCACAAUACACCAGGCCCUGUGACCACUGCAGC